UCUUUAAAAUGAUUUAGCCAUUUUCUCCGGAUAUGUCCAUUUAGACAUAGGGAUCAGACCGAUCAGUAAUUUUUAUUAAUCAUCAUGAUUGGCUGUUCGGAAUCAGUUGAAACUUUGGACGCAGCAAAUCAUUCGCGCCACCUGGAAAUUCAUUGCCAAACGGAUAGUAAGGCGAUAACAAUCGCAAGUUCGCAAUCAGUUCUCAAAAGUAUUCGGUCGUGCAAGGUUUUGUUUUCAAACUCCCGUCAUUUGAUUACCUAUAGUUAUCAAGUUUCUUCAAGUGAGCAUCGUCAUCAGAAUGAGCGUAAUAGUCAAUCAAUGUGGUUUCUCUCUACAAACUGGUACCAAAAUACUUGGAUGGCUUUACUUGAUAGGUGGAUUCUUACUUAUGUUUCGGAUUGCAAUGAUGAUGCCUUACCAUCCAGAAACCAAUAUUUUAAUUGGUUGGAUGGUUGGCUCGGUUGUUUGGAUCGCAGUCAACAUCCUGGUUUUAUUUUCCGCCCAUAAGAAUAGCAGGCCCAGUCUUAUGUUACCUUGGCUUAUUUGCAAGGCCGUAUUAAUACUUGUAGGUAUUGGCCUAGAAGUAGUCUUGUCCAUAUCUUUAAUAAUGGAAUACCAACUUGAUGACGCCGACCAAAGGGUUAUUAGCUUUGGAAAGGAAAUUGAAAUCCUCUUCUUUUUUGCCUUCGGAUUCGCCCUUGGCAUCUACUUCUGGUUGGUCGUCUAUAGCUACUACCAACAGCUGAAAGAAGAGCUAUCGUCGUCAAAAAAAGACAAAUUUAAAUUUUCCAAAUUCAAUUCCAGUAACGACGUUUAGUAUAGUUUGACUGGUUUGACGCUGCCAAAUGUGGGUAGCGAACAGAUUUUUGUGUUUUUUGUUUGUUUGUUUGUUUUUCAACUGAUCAAUUGGAUUUUAAUUGGUGCAAAUCACUGAGUUGUAAUCUCCCAAAAUACAAGAAGUGAAACCCAGA